AUGGUCCCUCGUGCGUCGUUCAGCUCGGCAGUGCCAGCCAGGCUGAUCAGCGGGUGUGGACGUCGCAAGAUGUUGCGCCGCUCGACUGCUGCAAGAGGUCUCGCAAGCUCCCAGGCCGCUGCAAUCUCGCCUUCCGGCGUCUUCCAGUACGCAUCGCUUCACACCCGGGCUGGAACAGCAUGCAAUGCACAGUCUAGCCCUAGCUCUCCGAAGAUCUCGUCCAGCCCAUCGCAUGCUUCCAGGAGGACAUUGGCCUCCACGGCGACCUCGGCAGCAUCGCCUCCUACCUCCUUCUCGACAGACCCGACCAGUGCUCUCGCAUCGCUCCUGCCCUUCUUCAAGUCCAGCUCCCUCACUACAAGCGACCCCACCUGGGCCAGCAGAGUCUCAUCAGCUCUGGCUUCAUCCUCAAGCAAUGUCCUCUCGGCUUCAGAUCCAGCCAAAGAAGUUCUGAUCUUGCGUCUCAAGAGCGAGGAGCAGGGAGAGGAGGAGGGCACCGAUGUUCUAGCGGCUUUGCUAGAGGACGGAAUGGUAGAUCAUACAGGAAGAAUGCCUGUUGCACUAGCCGAGGCGAGACGACGCCUGCCAAGCGGGACGGACCUGAUUGUCAGGUAUGGACAGGAGGUGCGGUUGCAAGAGCGGAGUGGUGUGCUCGAGGUCCCAUUGCCAUGGCUGAAGGAGACCGGUGUGGUCCUCAGGGAGGUGCAAGACUGUGAUCUGUCAGCUUCGGAAACAUUGUCUGCCAUCUACCUGGCGUCCCAAGUCAUCCUGUCAUGCUCCUACUCGGCGCUUUUCACGCCGCGUCCAUCGCCAUGGCUGCAAGAGCUAGGCUCCGUCCUGCGGACUUUUGCGAACCAUCCGGGAUUGCGCCUGACUGUCGCUCAUAACGGUGAAGCAGCAGAGUCGUCUGAUCGCACAAGAGCGGCUCAACAGAUCAUUAGGCUCGCGGCUUCUUCAGCUAUAGCUGGUGUGCCUCGAUUGCAGAUGGACUUUAUUGAUACAACCAAGGUUCAACACGCCCAGGAGGCUCUUCGCGAAGCUAUGGGCUUCCCUGCGCUGAGCAGUCACGCGAGCAGCAGUUCGUCUGCCAGUCAAAGUCGCACCAAUUCUUGGUCGGACUUCCAGAGCCUCUCUACAGAAUCUGGUCUGCCGGCUCUGGUCUCUUCUUUGAUCGCUUCAUCGAGUUCGCACGAGCAGGAGCAUCUUCAAUUGCUGGUAUCGCAUGCUGCCGAGGAGAUCGCUACUCGCCUCUCCCUCGCAAGGACCGACCUGGACGAGAUGCGCUCCUGGGCGAGCUGGCUAGAACGCUCAGCCGAAUCAGAUGCCUCCCACUUAGUGGGCAAGAUUCUCUCCUCCACCCCCUCUAUCACUAAGAAGCCGCCUCACUCUGGAAAAGAGCCGCCGUUGCUACCCAAGUGGUGGAAGCUGCCUUUCAUCGGCGAUGUGGAAGCUAGAGAGAGGAUCCAUGUGGCACUUGAGAGGGACUGGCUGGGUGGAAAGGAGACGGAGGAAAGGUUGACCUGGUGGGGUGGGCGCUUGAAGGAGCUGCAAGGCAAGGAGCAGAGGGAGAUGGAGGAGCUUGUGACUCGGCUACAGAAAGGCCGACAGCUACCCAAUGACGAAGGCGAGGAAAGUGAAGCAGCUUCUGGCAGUCAGUCCGACAUCAAGGCCAAGAGAGCGGACCGCCUGAGAUCACUUCCUCCUUCCCGGAUACUGGAGAUGCGCUCGGCUUCCCUGGCCUAUCUCUCUUCCCCCAACGUGGACCUGAACGAUCCGACUAUCCUCGCCCAGCCAAUCAUUCGGGCAAGAGACCACUUCUUCGGCCGCAACCUUCCUACAGGCCGAAGAGCCUUCGCAGCAAAGCCGGCUGGCCCCGUCACAGCCGAGCUCCCCGGCGGCGGCAGUGCGGGACUGGGCCCUUCCCCGGAAGAGGGCGGAGUGAGUAUCCUCGACUCGCUGCAGAGGCGUAUCCAGUCGUCCAUCUUCCGCUUCUAUGCCACCACCGGACUCGCCUGGUCCAUUGCGGGCUGGGGUUUGGCUUCGCAUCAACUCUUCCCAUAUGUUGAACGGACAGCUGCGGGCUCAAGCUCGAGUGGUAGCUCGUCGCUCCUGGCCGUCCCUUCGGCCUACCUGACAGACCUCCUCUCGCUCCCCUCCUUUGAUCCCUCUACCUCUCUCGGAAUCGCCCUCCUGGGAAGCACCUACGCCCUCUGGUCCCUGCAACGCUCGCACGCGCGCAUCUCUUCUCGUCUUCUCACUCGAGACCUCCUCACCCGUAUUCCCGCAAACGCUCGAGCAAGCCUGCAGGAGCGAGUAGAGGAGGUAGCCAUGCAGGGUGUCUAUGGCUGGCGAGCCAAGAUCGGGAGGAUCGUGAGGGAGUGGUGCGAGCUAGAGGCAAAGGUGUUGAGGGAGGAGAGGAGGAGCUGGGAGGCUGUCAAGCCCAGCAUCGCUCCUCCUUCUUCUUCUCCUUCCUCUGCGGCGCACACCACCUCGAGUACCUCCUCGGCUGUCCUGCCCGGCUCACCCCUCCCACACUCGACCACCUCCCGUCCAGCCACGCAGCAAGCCCGUCUCUUCUCCACUUCGGCCACUGCCGCAAGGGCAGAUCGUCCCGAACGGCCUGCCCAUCUGCCCCCGCGUCGUGAUCCAAACAAGCCUCCCUCCCGACACAGGCUCUACUACCGCGAGGUACUUCCGGCGUGGAUUAGGUGUAUUGCGUAUGCUGGACUGGCGUAUGGGGGAUGUCAUGCUGCUUGGUAUGCUUUGGAUGCGCUGGAAGGGGAGGAAGUGGGGGAGAGGAAGCUGAAGGAGAAGUAG